GUGGGGUGUAAAAAUUAAUUAAAUGAAUAAAUGAAUAAAUAAAAUAUGUAGUAUCUAGUGAUGUCACCUCAUCUGUACCUAAUUGGUAAUUUGUUUUUUCUCACAUUUUUUUCUUGCUAGAUCCACAGAGGUGGAUCCCUUUUAUUGAUCUCAAAAAAUCUGUAUUGGUUUUACUGGUUUUUCUCUAUUGCUAUUCUGUUUUCCGUAUCAUCAAUUUCUCUCUGAUCUUUACUAUUUCCUUCUUGUUUUGAGUUUCAAUUGUCUUUUUUCAAGUUUUUAAGGUUGAAUCUGUCAUUGAUUUGAGAUAGUUCUAUCUAUAGGCAUUUAAUCUAUAAAUUUAGCAGCAUCUACAAUUUAUUUUGUAUGUUGUGCUGUCGUGUAAUAAGAUAGUGGCCUAGCAUAGCUCUAGUCUUAUCUGUGGAGAUUCCUGGGUAUCCAUCUUUAUCCUUUGUCAAGAUAAAUUAGUGGGAUUUAUAAUGAGCUCAUUAAAAUCUAAAAUCCCUCAUAGUCCCAAGGGCCGAUGUGUCUACCAAUGGCUUUUGCUGUGGUCUGAAUAUCUGUAUCCCCCCAAAAUUCCUAUGUUGAAAUCUAAUCAUCAAUAUGGGACUCAUUUGAACCUAAACUUCCACCAAAACACAAACCUGAAACUUUGUCUCCCUUCAUACACGACACCUUCUUCCAUAACCUCACAUGGCAAAAGGGGCAAACAAGCUUGGGCCUCUUUUAUAAGGACAUCAAUCCAUUCAUAAGAACUCCAGCCUCAUGACUUAACAUUUCCUCAAAGGCCUCACCUCUUAAUAUUGUCACAUUGGGGAUUCGGUUUCAGCAUAUGAAUUCCGUGGCGGGGGCGGGGGACAGACAUUCACAUCAUAGCACACCCUGAAUCUUAAACAGCUUCUGCAUCGGCAUAAACUGGCUUUUCUUCUCCAAAGUUUAUAUUCUAAAAUGUGCCCUUGACCAGAUAAAUCCCAACAGCAAAAAUUACUGAUUGUAAACAUUUCAUUAGUUUAAAUAGGAAAGGGACAGAAGGCAGCUAAGAGCUAGUGGAAGGCAGUGGGUUGAGAAUUGCAUGUAAUGUGUUCUAGUUUCUCCUUGUUGCUGUCUCUCUCUGCCUCAUUUUCUUUCUCAAGUGUCUGGCAUAUUUGUUUAAGUCAGACUUGCUUAUGCCUAUGAUUCUCUCUACCUCACACUCCUGAUUUCUGCUCCUCAUUCUCUAUUCCAGUGCCUCUAACCUUUCUGCUAACAACGCAAGUCAGGGUGUCACUGGAAAAGGGGUCUCGAUCCAGACCCCAAGAGGGUUCUUGGAUCUUGUUCAGGAAGGAAUUUAAGAUGUGUCGCAGAGUGCAGUGAAAGAAUCAAGUUUAUUAGAAGCUACACCAUUAGUGAGCAGGAGGCCCUCAGAAAACAAGAGGAGGAAUGCACUGGCUUUAAGUUUUUCUUAUAUAGGGGUCUUAUCUAUGAAAAAACUAAGCUAAGCUGGGUCUAUGUGUGGGUGAGCAGGCAGAAUAAAAAAAUUUAUUACAGUAUUCACUUAAACUAACCUGGACAUUCCAGUGUGUAAGUACAUCAAAACAUAGCUAUUAUCUUCAAAGCAUAUAUUGUUACGGGUAUUGGGACAUCUGGACUCUGCACUGUUGUAGGAGUGUCCUUGUAGGUUUCUUUAGGCUGUUUCCUCAACUAUAAACACCCCAUGACUAGGGGCCAUGACCGACAAGGAAUGUACUUUGCUAGUCUCAAAAUGGAACUAUACUUAAAAUGGCAUCCUCUGGCUCUCCUAUACUCCUGCUUCCUUAACGAUGGGGCAUUCUCAAGUUAGGGGUUUAACUUCACAGGAAUGCUUUUUACGAGAUGGCCAGACAUAGCUAUUGAAACAAAAGGACUAGCCCUCCAUUUAAAGUUCUUCUCGCCUAUGCCCUGAGUCACAUCUAGUCCUUUAAUGUUGGCCCUCUCUCCAUUCAUGAACUUAACUCAUAUUCCAAAUAUCUGAGGACUCAUAAUGGGAAGCCACCAUAAUUCUUCCAGUGAGAUCAUGAGGAAAAGCAGAAACAAUGAAGAAUCCCUAUGUAAGCUUUUCUGGAUGGACUGGGCAGGGACUUUAUGUCUUAAGUGUUGUUUAAAGUGGUUCCAGAGUGAUAGGGAUCCUGGUCUUGUCUGAAAAAAAAAUUAUAUAAUCUCUAGAAGAGAAAGGCACUUUCAUCUAAGGAUAUGGGAAAGCUACAGGAAAUCUCUUUUCAAGGACAAAGAUAACAAAAAAGGAAGCAAAGCAAACUGAUUGAAGAAUUUGGAAAUAAACACCCAAAGGGGCCCAUAAAAUCUUCAGUUAUUGUUAUUAUCAGAUACAUAUUAUGAAGCAACUAUACCAACCAUGUUAAAAAAAUUGAAAAAUUGAAAUUAAAAUGUCCUGGAGAGACAAUUAUAAUGGGCAAUAGAUCGGAAUAAAUUAUCCAGAACGCAACACAGAGAUUGAAGGACAAAAAUUACAGAGAAUUUAAGACACCUGGAGGAUAGAGUGGUAACACCUGCCUCAUAACGAAUUAGGGUUCUCAAAGCAGAGAAACAAUGGUGAAGAGGCAAUAUAUGAGAGAGGAAGAGUUUGCUGAGCACCAGAGAUGACACGUCACAGAUUCAAGUUGUUCAGCAAAUCCCAAGCAGGAAAGAAUUUAAGAAUUUCAUAACCAGAAACAUUAUGCCAAACUCCAGAAAACACAUUCAGUUACUAUUUCAGUUGAAAGCCCAGGAUUCUAAGUGGGAAACGAUCUUAAUAACCUAGUCACUGCACUAUCUCACUAUCUCAAACCUCAUUUCUUCCUAUGUCUCUUGCAUUUUAAUAUUAAAAAGGUCAUCAUUCCAAAAGAACAUUGACCAAAAGACCUGCAAUUCUCAGAGAAGGGAAUACUAAGACCAACAGACAUUCAAAAAGAUUCUCAAUCUCAUUAACAAUUAAAAAAUGCAACUUUAAGCCACAGUGAGUUACUAUUUCACACCUAGUAGAUUAUUAAACUUUUAAAGUCUCACAAAGAGUGUUGGCAGUAAGAGUUGGCAAGCAAAAUAACCAUAAACUCUGGUAGGAGUGAAAAUUGGUACAACUUUGGAAAACAAUUCAUCAUUGUACAGUAAAAUCACAGAUGGGAACAUACUUUGCACAAUCCAGACUUUCCUUAUUACAUACUCUAAGCUUUGAGAGGAAGCCAGCUGAUGCCAGUGUUUUUUAAAACUGUGGCUGCUAUAGGAAUUCACCACCAUACCCACAGGAUACACCAAGGUAGAAGUGUCAGAGGUGUUUAAACCAGAGCGACUCCAUCUUGAAUAGGGCCUGGGUAAAAUAAGGCUGAGACCUACUUCCCAGACACUUAAGGCAUUCUAAGUCACAGGACAACAUUAGAAGUCGGCACAAGCUACAGGUCAGGUCAUAAAGGCCUUGUUGGUUAAACAGGUUGCAGUAAAGAAGCUGGCCAAAACCCACCAAAAUCAAGAUGGCGAGGAGACUGACCUUUGGUGUUGUCACUGCUUGUUAUGUGUCCGGAAUUGGUUCCUCCUGGUGGGUUCCUGGUCUCGCUGGCUUCAGGAGUGAAGCUGCAGACCUUCGCGGUGAGCGUUACAGCUCAUAAAGGCGGUGCGUCCGGAGUCGUGCUGGAGUUGUUUGUUCCUCCCGGUGGGUUCAUGGUUUCGCUGGCUUCAGGAGUGAAGCUGCAGACCUUCACAGUGAGUGUUAUGGCUCAUAAAGGCAGCGUGUCUGGAGUUGUUCGUUCCUCCCAGUGGGUUUGUGGUCUCACUGGCUUCAAGAGUGAAGCUGCAGACCUUCAGGGUGAGUGUUGCAGCUCAUAAAGGUAGUACAGACUCAAAGAGUGAAAGAACAAAUAUUCCACACCGUGGAAAGUGACCCCAGCACGGUUGCCGCUGGUUGUUUGGGUGGCCAGCUUUUAUUUGCUUAUUUGGCCCCGCCCACAUCCUGCUGAUUGGUCCAUUUUACGGAGCGCUGAUUGGUCUAUUUUACAAAGUGCUGUUUGGUCCGUUUUUACAGAGUGCUGAUUGGUGCAUUUACAAACCUUUAGCUAGACACAGAGCGCUGAUUGGUGUGUUUUUACAGAGUGCUGAUUAGUGUGUUUACAAACCUUUAGCUAGACACAGAGUGCUGAUUGGUGCAUUUACAAUCCUUCAGCUAUACAGAAAAGUUCUCCAAGGCCCCACUCCAUCCAGAAGCCCAGCUGGCUUCACCUCUCGGUUAUAUGCUAAUUAUAUGCAUUAGCACGCUAAGAGACACUCUCAUCAGUGCCAUGACAAUUUACAAAUGCCAUGGUAAGGUUCAGAAGUUACCCUGUAUGGUUCAAAAAGCUGGGAAGCCCUUAGCUCCAGGAAAUUGAAAUUGCCCACCUCUUUCCUGGAAAACUCAUGAAUAAUCCACCCCUUGUUUAGCAUAUCAUCAAGCAAUAACUACAAGUAUCCCUAGUCCAGCAGCCCAAGCUGCUGCUCUAACAGUGGAGUACCCAUUAUUUCUUUACUUUCUUAAUACACUUGUUUUGGCUUUGCACUGUGGUCUCCCACAGAUUUUUUCUUGCGUGAGCUCUAAGAACUCUCUCUUGGAGUCUGGAUCGGGACUCCUUUCUGGUAACAGAAGCACUGCUUCACGAAGAUCAUGCAGGUCAGUACUUACUAAGUACAAAAAAGUCUAUAGCCACACUAUUUAUAAUUUUAAAAAUGAGUGAAGUCAAUUAACAUUUAAGUGUUAAAAAGAAAGUAAACAACCCAAAUAUACACAAACAGUAGACUGCUCUGGCUUGCAUACAGAGAGGUCCAUUGCACUUUUGGGUGGACCGGGAAAGGUCAAAGCCUAAGAAGCACUUCUAGGGAGAGGGGGCGUCAGGCUCUGAUGGCUGCGGGAGGAGUGACUCCUCCCAGGAUGAGGGUCUCCAUCCUCCCAGUGCUCACUCAAGUUCAGUAUUUCCAAGUCCUUCCAGGAGGCGUAACGCACGUCAGAAUGGCCGUUAGUGUCACAGAUACGUGUCCCCUUGCAUUUCCAGGAAAUGCCCUUGGUUGGCGAACUACAGUCGUGACAGUCGGGCCACAGGGCGUUUUGUGAGCUAUCGUCUUGGGCAAAUGAGUGCCAAAAAAACAAAAAGACCUCUGAAGGUGAACAGCAUAGCAGCAGGGUUUGGGGAUGAGAGGAGCCCCUUUGCUAGCAAAGGCGAGCACUUGCGCGGUACCAGCAAGGGCUGCCCAUGUCUCGGAGGGAAACGUUUGUGUGAGCGCAGGAAUGACCCGGAAGACCUUGGCACGGCUGCAGAGUUUUCUGGGAAAUGUAAUUUCUUGGUCCGGGCGCCAUGGCCCUUAUAAAUAGAGGGUGUCCCUUGGUUCCGAGGUGUGUCGUUCACCAGAGGACGACUGUGGGUCGACGGCCCCAGGCGGUUUAGCUACUUACCAAGCCGUGACUGGUUUGCCCGCGGGGCACCAGGUCCGCGCAGCCGCAGAGACCCUUGGGAAGUGUGGUCUUCCGGUGCCGGCGGUUCGCAGCUCCCGGGAUAUUUGUCCCGCAGGCGGAGGAUUCUGGGAAAUGUGGUUCGCUGUGGGCGGUGCACUGGGACACUGCCCAUCUCUAAGAUAAGAACCUGGAAAGGGGACUCUGUUGGCCAUUGGAAAUUGCCGAAUAAUGUCUCAGGUGACAUUUAGUGAUGUGGCUAUAGACUUCUCUCAUGAAGAGUGGGCAUGCCUAGAUUCUGCUCAGAGGGACUUAUACAAGGAUGUGAUGGUCCAGAAUUAUGAGAACCUGGUCUCUGUAGCAGGUCUUUCCAUAACUAAGCCAUAUGUGAUCAUGUUAUUGGAGGAUGGAAAAGAGCCCUGGACAGUGGAGAAAAAACUGUCAAAAGGUGUGAUUCCAGAUUGGGAAUCAAGAUGGGAAAACAAGGAAUUAUCAACAAAGAAGGAUAUUUAUGAUGAAGAUUCACCCCAACCAGUAACAACAGAAAAAGUUGUAAAACAAAGUUAUGAAUUUUCAAAUUCUAAUAAGAAUUUGGAAUAUACAGAAUGUGACAUAUUUAGAAGCACCUUUCAUUCAAAGUCUACUCUUUCUGAACCACAAAACAAUUCUGCUGAAGGGAAUUCACACAAAUAUGAUAUAUUAAAGAAGAAUUUAUCAAAAAAGUCAGUUAUAAAAAGUGAGAGAAUAAAUGGUGGAAAGAAACUUUUAAAUUCUAAUAAAAGUGGGGCAGCCGUCAACCAGAGCAAAUCUCUUACCCUUCCCCAGACUUGUAAUAGAGAGAAAAUCUAUACAUGCAGUGAAUGUGGGAAAGCCUUUGGCAAACAGUCAAUCCUCAAUCGCCACUGGAGAAUUCAUACAGGAGAGAAGCCCUAUGAAUGUCGUGAAUGUGGGAAGACUUUUAGCCAUGGCUCAUCCCUUACACGACAUCAGAUAAGUCAUAGUGGAGAGAAACCUUACAAAUGUAUUGAAUGUGGGAAGGCCUUUAGCCAUGGCUCAUCACUUACUAACCAUCAGAGCACUCACACUGGAGAGAAACCAUAUGAAUGUAUGAACUGUGGAAAGUCUUUUAGUCGUGUGUCCCUUCUCAUUCAGCAUCUAAGAAUUCAUACGCAAGAAAAACGCUAUGAGUGUCGUAUAUGUGGAAAGGCCUUCAUUCAUAGUUCAUCUCUCAUUCACCAUCAGAAAAGCCAUACUGGAGAGAAACCUUAUGAGUGUAGAGAAUGUGGGAAAGCUUUCUGCUGUAGCUCACACCUUACUCAACAUCAAAGAAUUCACAGUAUGAAGAAAAAAUAUGAAUGCAACAAAUGUCUCAAAGUCUUUAGUAGCUUCUCAUUUCUUGUUCAGCAUCAGAGUAUUCAUACUGAAGAAAAACCCUUUGAAGUUUAGAAAUGCAGGAAAUCCUUCAACCAGCUUGAAUCAUUGAAUAUGCAUUUGAGAAAUCACAUUAGAUUGAAACCCUAUGAAUACAGUAUAUGUGGGAAAGCCUUUAGUCAUAGGUCGUCCCUGCUUCAACAUCACAGAAUUCAUACUGGAGAGAAACUUUACAAAUGUAUUAAAUGUGGGAAGACCUCCAGCUGUAGUUCAAACCUUACUGUACAUCAGAGAAUUCAUACUGGAGAAAAGCCAUAUAAGUGUAGUGAGUGUGGGAAAGCUUUUAGCAAAGGCUCAAAUCUUACUGCCCAUCAAAGAGUACAUAAUGGAGAGAAACCCAAUAGUGUGUAAGUGUGGAAAAGCCUUUAGGUCAUAUGAAUCCCUAUACAUGUGAGAAAUCUUACAGAAGAGAAGCAGUGUUUAUCAUGGUAAACUUCAUUCAUAGAUCCUCCCUUAUUUAAUGUCAGAAAAAUUUAUACUGGGGAAAAGUUGUAUGAAGGUGGUGAACAUGGGAGACUUAGCAAUGAUGCAGAUGUUUUUAUUAGAGUGUAUACUGUAGAGAAAUCAUAUGAAGUCAGUAAAUGUGGGAAAGCCUUUGUCAGUAUUAAUCCCUUAAUUGACAUAAGUAUACUCACACCAGUUAAAAUCUGUGUACAUGUAGCAAAUAUGGGAAAGACUAUAGGCAAUAGGAAUCUCCUACAAACUCCUACAGGAGAAAAGUUGUAUGAAUGUGGAAACUUUAGAAAUUGAAGGAAUUGUUCAGUUCCAAGUGUAUCCCUUAUUCUAUAGGAAAUAAACUGGAGACAAAUCUCGUUUAAGAGAUGCAGCAAAGUGUUCACCAAGAGUGUUUAUCUUGCCAGACAUCAGAAGAUGAAUGGUAGAGCAACCUGAAGGAUUUAGAAAUUCCAUGUAAAUCUUUGCAGUGAUGCUAUUUGUAAACAGGAUUCUAUAGGAGAGCAAAUAAACAUAAGUGUGCAUUUCUUAGAGCACUAGCUUGCAGUUUCAUUUGAGUUCUACUUAGAAAUUCUUUUUAGCUAGUGGGCAUGUGAAGAUAUUUAGUCACCCAGAGGAGCCAGUAAAUGUUACAAUGUUAAAAAUUAAAGCUGCAAAAGAAAUAAAAUGGUGUUUAUAAAAGUUUGGCAUCUAAUAAAAUAAUUUUGUAUAUCAUGAA